AUGUACUGUAAGGGCCCAAAAAAAAACUUUUUUCCGUCGCAGGAAAUUCAAACUUUCCGAAAAAGUUGCCAACACCCAUUGUUCUUCGGCGGCGUCGGAAAAGGCACAGGUGCCGUCUGUCCGGCCAGCCCAACUUUCCAUUACACACCACGUCUGUUGUUCGGCUCAGAAAUGGGACUUCUGGCCGGGGAGCUGCUCCAGCUCCAAUCCAACAGACGGAGCUGUUGCGCAAGCAGCCAGCUCCUCCAUCAUCGAAACCUGUUGACUCUCGAAUCGCCUUGCAACACCUGGUCAGCCGGCCCCGGGUACAAGGUGAAAAUGAGCCGAGGUGUGCGAACAAAAUUGCUCCGAUUUGGUGAUGGAUAAGGUGAAGGGGUUUACACUUCUUUGUCGUGAUUGGCAGGUUUAUAAAAAAUGUUUUGACCCAAAAUGAUCUCCUGGUCGUCCAAGAAAAUACAAGGUGAAGAUGAGCCGAGGUGUAGGCAAAAUUGCACCUUUUUAUCAGGAUUUGAAGGUUUUUCUCAUUUUCUGGAAUAUUUUUUGAGAUUUAUAUGUUUUUUAUAAUGAUGUAUACUUCACUUAAAAAAUAGUGCAAAACUCUUCAAAUUUCACGAAAAAAUCUUUCGCUCGGUUUGGGUAAUUUUUACUCUCAUACUUCACAUAAAUAAUAGUUUCAUGACCACAUUCUUCAAAAAUCACUGUUUUUAAAGCCCCGGGCAAAUUCGGAAUGGUGGAUAAUGACAACUCAAAAGGAGAGGCUUGAAAAAAGGAUGCGAAAAGGCCGCAAAAAGGCUGCAAAAAGGCUGCAAAAAGGCUGCAAGAAGGCCCCAAAAAGGCAACAAAAUAGUGCCUUUUAUGGAUUCUUCCAAUUUUUCUGUGUUUUGAAAGGCUCAAGAAAUGUUGGAAAUGGGAGAGGCAGCUAAAAUGAUGCAUAAAAGCCGGCAAAAAGGAACCUUUCUAUGGAGCCCUUUCCACCCUUCUCGACUUUGCUUAGUUGGUACUUCCAAUUGAUCACAGCGUUCCCAAAAAAAUCCCACCAGAAAGGCUCGAUUUCCAAUCACAAAACCCAGCCAUUUGGUGUGACGUGCGGAGACAAAUUUCACAGUUAGUUUGGCGGCAAAUUCAAAAUGCAAUUAGGAGGAGGGGCGGCUGGCGCGUUUGGUGACACAUUGGCGCGCAUGCGCAGAUGUUGCUCAAUCGGGCCCGGCGACGACGACGCGUUUUUGGCUCCAGAUGAGCUCGUGGGCUGGAUGAGAGGAUGAGAAGAUCAGGAAAAAGAGGAAGUUGGGAAGAAAUGGCUGUUUUUUGAUGGGCCAUAUGUGCUCCAGUGAUGAUCAGAAGAUCAGUAAAUCUGAAAAAUCUGAAAAUUUUUUUUUUGAAGAGCUCGGUGAUCUCCUGACAGUCUUAACCUUGCAGAUGCCUAGUUUUGAAAAAAAUUAUUUUCUCAAAGUUUGAUUUUUGUGCUCCAGUGAUGAUCAGAAGAUCAGUAAAUCUGUAAAAUUUGAAAACUCGUCAAUAAUUUUUUUUAAGAGCUGGUUGGUCUCCUGACAGUCUUCCAGAUGCCUAGUUUUGAAAAAUUUUCAAAGUUUGAUUUUUUGAGAAGCUGAGAUAAUGAGAAAUUGAUAUAAUUUGAGUUUUUCAGAGGGCGAAUAGUAAGUCUCUUCUGAUCCAGUUUGGCUAAAAAGGGUCCUGUUCUUUGGAGCCUCGUUGCUCAAAAUACUCAGUGGAAAAGUGCGAAUUCCGGCGAAAAUAAAAAAAACAGCAGCCAUCGGAUCAGGUGGAAAUAAUCAGAACGACGGAUUGGGCGACCACAUGCGGCCGAUGAAGCCGCAGAUGGGAUUCCACAAAGCAUCUGCUUAUUUUUCCACACUGCUUUACAGAUGGCGCGGGUGUUUCUGUAGGCGACACGACGGCGCAAUAUGCGGUUUUGCACCUUGCGGGCUGCGGCUCCGUCCGUCGGCCACCACCGGAGCAGCUGCGGAGCAGCAGCAGCCUGCUGCUCGGGACACAGAAAGACACCUCGUUUUCGACGCCGUCGUAUUUUCACUUUUGUUGGGGCUCACCGGCUCAGAUUUAUUGCUUUCGGAGAUCAUUGCGAAGGAAGUUAGAGAUUUGAAGAGUUCCUAGGAGUUUGGCUAGAGACAUUAGGAGCCUGACUGAAGGUUUAUGUUCAGACUAUUGCACUUCCUAGCCUUGAAAAAGAAUUUUAAAGAGUUUGAUUGAAAAAUCAGAAGUGCUUCUGAUGACUGAAACCUCCAGUUCAAUUCAUUCCUUCCGGACUUUCGAAAAAAAAAGGGAUGUCCAGAAAACUUUUUGAGAAUUUCACAAGAUUUGGGCGAUCAUCGCAAGUCAUUUCAGACUCAAUUUAUGGCUUUCUAGAUUUUUGGACAAAGUGAGAGUCCUCAAGAACUUCCAGGAGCUUGGCUAGAGCAAUUAGGAGCUUCCUGAAGGUUCCCGACUUGAUUUACUUCUUUCUGACCUUUCGAAAAAAAGUUAGAUAAUUGAAGAAGUUCUAGAAGUUUGGCUAGAUUUGGGCAAGUAUGGCCAGAGAAAUGAGCAUGAACAGACGAUUCCGACUCAAUUUUUGGCUUUCUGGAUUUUUGGAUAAAUUUAGAAUCUUCAAGAACUUCUAGGAGCUAUCUGAAACUCCCGGCUCAUUUUAUUCUACUUUCUGACUUUUCAAAAAAAAAAGAGCUAGAAGUUUAAAGAAGUUCUAGGAGCUUGGCUAGAAUAAUUGGGAGCACGACAAAAUGUUUUUUUUUGAAUUCAUUGUCCUUCCUGACCUUUGAAAAAAAGCUUGACGAUCUCUUUUGGAGGUCCAUCAACGAGGAAAAAAGCAAGACUAAAAAUCUCCAGCCUAAUUGAUUUUUGAAACCUUGGAGACUUUUUGAGAAUAUGACUGGGAAUUUUAGGAGCCCGACUUGAGAUCUGAACUUUGAGUGAAGAGCAUAGUCAAGCUUCUCAAACUUAUCGCCUUCAGACUUUAAAAAAUGAAAGCGUUGCUUCAAAUCUUGUUCGCAGAUCUAUUAGUUAUAUGGGAGUAUAGCCGGAUCAGAAGUUUCUCAAUUUUCCCGCGUCACUUGGAGCCUCUCACGCAACUGUUUAUACUAUACGUCUGCAAUUACUCGUCAUUUGAUCGAGUGAAAAAAAGCCUUGCAUAAUACUUGGCAAACAAACAAAGGGGGAAAAAAGUUGGCGUUGAGGUCGUCGUCCGGAAACGGCCCGUGCACACACAGGUGUUCUUUGGCAACACUCCAAAUUCGACCUUGCAUUUCCCAGUCAUUCGCCGGUUCCGAUGCAGGUGUGCAUGCCUUCUUGGCCUCCGUCAUGCCACUUUUUUUCGCCCUCCAACGACUUGGCUGCCUUUUACCGCAUUUGGGGGUAUUCAUCGAGAAAAUCUAUCCUUGAAGAUGGGAUAGUCAAGGUUUUCUAGAUGCAUCAAAGGAUUCCAGACUAUUAGACUUAAAUUCGAACGAAGCUCCAAAUUACGCCUUGGAUCAGAAUAAAAAAAUUCCAUUUUCCAGUUUUUUUAAAGUUUAAUUCUAAAAAGGUCUACUACAAAGCUCAAAAAAAGGAUCGAAAAAAACUUUUUUUAAUAAAAAAAUCAAAAAAAUACGACAUUCCAAAUGACGCUUGUAGUAGAUAAAAAUCGAAAAAUCUGCUACUACGUUCCAAAAUACGCCUCGAAUGAACAUUUUUUGAUUAUUCGAAGCCCACUACGACGCUCCAAUCGACGCUAGAAAUAGUUUUAUACAUGCAAAAACCAACUACGACACUCCAAACACCUUCAGAAAACAAGUAAAAAAAGCUUUGAAAUAAAACUACGACAUUCCAAAUGAAGCUUGAAAACAAUCAAAGUUCAUAGAAUCUGCUACGACGCUCCAAAAUACGCUUCGAAAGAUCGCUUUUUAAUUGUUUAAAGCUCGCUACGACGCUCCACUUUACGCUGGAAAUAUUUAAUGCAUCCAAAACCCGACUACGACGCUCCAAGCAACUUCAGAAAACGGUUAAAAAAAUUUGUGAAAAAAUUACGACAUUCCAAAUGACGCUUGGGAAUACUGACGAACUAAAAAGUCUGCUACGAAGCUCCAAAACACGCCUCGAAUGAACAAGUUUCAAGUAUUUAAAGCCCAUUACGACGCUCCACUUUACGCUGGAAAUAUUCUAUCCAUCCAAAAACCGACUACGACGCUCCAAAUAACUUCAAUUUAAGACCGUGAAAAAAUUAAAUAAAUCCCUUAAGAGCCUUAUUUCAGCAAAAACCACGGUCUAUAACUAAGCAAAAGCAAACAAGAAGGCAAGAAGGCGCGGCGCCACGCUGGGACCAAGUGACCUCUUAAGGAGCGCCAGAAAGUUUGUUGGUAGGAAUCCUUGCGGCAGGUGUGCGUAGGCCUUGCAAACAUGGCAAUCGAGUGGCUCUGUUGCACAACAAACACGAGAAUUCGCCGGGAAUAAAAUAGCGGAUUAAGAAAGGUACUUAUUCGAGUCUGACGUCACACACACAUGCGUAUCGGAUUCCUGUGCUCUCGAAUUAUCAUAAUCUCUUAAUUUCGGUCGAUUCAAUGGAGCUCAGGAAUGGUUCUUCUGCAUAAGGACCUUAAAGAGCCUUGGGAAGUCAUUAUAAAAUCAUCUUGAAGUUCCCAGAGAGUCCUCGAGCCAUUCUGAAUGCGGUCAGAGCAUUCUGAGGAAGGUUUGUUGAAUGGACUAAAAGUUUCUAAAUGAAAAAGAUUACUGAAAUGUAAAAUUAGACAAAAAUGUACCUCCAAAAACAGAUUUUCGAAGUUUUUUCUUCCCAGGAUGCAUCAAAAGAUUUUCAUUCUUCAAAAUACAGAAUAUUAGACAAAAAAUGAGUUUUUACGAGGCUCCAAAUUACGCCUCAAGUAAGUCGGCCCAAAAAAUGCAAAACGACGCUCCAAAUGACAUUAGAAGAUUUUUUGAAGUUUCGAAAAUUCUGCUACGACAUUCCAAAUGACGCCUCAAGUUAGUCAGGUAAAAAGUUCAAUACGAGGUUCCAAAUGACAUUUAAAGGAUAUUUGAAUUUCCCAAACUCUGCUACGACGUUCCAAAUUAUGCCUGAAACCAGUCGGUUUAAAAAAAUGCAGUACGACGCUCCAAAUGACAUUAGAAGAUUAUCUGAAUUUCACAAAUUUUGCUACGAUGCUCCAAAUUACGCCUGAAGCUAGUCGGUUCAAAAAGGCAGUACGACGCUCCAAUUGACAUAAAAAUCUACAACGACGUUUUUUUGAACAACUGGAAAAAGCUUCAUUCACAAAAAAGGCAACUACGACAUUCCGGUUGACGUUUGGCAAGAGCUCUAGUUUGAACUGUCUGCUACGAAGCUCCAAAUUACGCCUUAAACAUUUUCGAGAGGAAAAAAUCCAUUCCGACGCUCCAAUUAACCAACUUUUGACAGCACCUCUAUUCAAUUCCAACCUGCCGACCUGACCCUUACAAAAAGUCUCGAGCCUAAACAAGAAGACAACGGUAAACCGAUCGACGGCUGCAUUGAGGUUUCAAGUUUCGCCACGAAAAUCUGUGGGGGCCAAUCCCGCGAACGGCGCGCAACAUUUAAUAAUACAGGUCCGAGAUUGCGCAAAGUUGGCACUUUCGAGUGAAUCGAGAACGGUUGCAGGUGCAGAGAUCGUUUUCUAAUGAUUCAGAAGGGAGAAACGGCGUCAGCGCAUCCGAUGACACUGUUUGUGUUGGUGUUGAACUUUUGGAUGUACCUGGACCAGUCGGGUCCCGUACAAACAAGAUUUACUGACAACUUGGCAGGUCACCGGGUAGGCAAAUAACAAUGGCUCCUUGGUAUGGGAAAGUCAAAAAAGUGGCCAUUAUUCUAUAGAUUUUUCUAUUGCCAUUGAUUUCGCGAAACUCGAAAUAACCGUCAGAGAAAGAAAAAGUUAACUAAAUCUUGGAGAGUCAGAGAUAAUUUUGCAUUUCGCGGAAAUACUUUGAACACCGCAUAACUACUGUCUUUUUCCGUACGAAAAAUUUUUGGGUUUUUUUACACUAAUUUUGCAUCGAUUUAUUACUUUUUUUAUUAGAAUUGAAGCUCAUUUUUCUCUCAUAAAGACCACGAUAACCUUACAAAAAUAUCAAAAAUAAACAAAAAAAUUCAAGAAAAAGAUUAUAUUUGAAGACGUAGACCUGAAGAACUUUCAUUUUUUUAUAUUUAAAUGGUAAUGGUUCCCGAAAUAAGGUCAUUAUUAUUCACUCAAAAAAACAAUGUUUUUUUCUCCUUUUUUUACAUUUGUAAUUUUAUGGAUAAUUCCAAAAAAACGAAUAGCGUUUCAAAAUAUUUUUUUACGAUUUUAAAUUUAAGGAACGUGCUGAAAAUGAAAAAUGAAGCUAAAAAAAUAACUAAAUUAUUAAAAAAACGUUUACAAAAAUUAAAUUUACGAAAGCCACCGCAAAUUGUCCAUGGAGCAACUUUGCUGUUGUUCUUAAAAAAAAUGGUUCAACUUUCCGCUUUUUCAAAAAUCACAAAUUUUCAAUCUUUUUGAAGUAGCUUGUUGGGAUCACAUAAGAAGAGUCUACUGCGAGGUUCUUUUUAGACGAGAAAAUGUAUCAUAUCAUCGUAAUUUUUUACAGCAUUUUUUUUAAAUAUCAUAUGUUUCCUCAUCAUUCAUUUGCCCCAAUCAUCGACCACAUAAAAGAAUAAAUAAGUCGUAUGAAAUCAGAUUUUCACUGGCGCCCCUUGAGGAUAACAGGUGAGGCGGCGGACCUCUGUUGUCGGUGGAGGGUCGCUUUUUAAUCCAAUCAUCUCCUUCAGCCAGACGAUCGUUUCAAGGUGAAUUUGUUCGCUUUGGCGGCCCGACGAGCCGUUCUUCCAUUCCCUCAUACUAGAUUUGGGUCAUCGUGAUUGACGGCCUCACGGCUGGACCGUCCGGCUGCACACCGCUUUAUCAUCGGAAUCCUUUUUGAGGAGAACGGAGAGCCGAAAUAUCUGAAGUUAUGAAGGCCAUAGGUGAAACGGAAACCGGUGAACCUUCAAGAGAAGAUGAAAAGGCUCCUAAAAUAAUGAAAAAAAAGCUUUCGAGCUCCUCAGAGGAUCCUUUUUGAGGAGUACGGAGAGCCGAAAGAACUGAAAAUAUGUUGGCCGUUGAAGUUUACGCUCCGUAAAUGUCAAGUAAGGACUGAGAUUUAGGCAGAACGGCUGUUAGUCAUAUUAAGGUAGGUUAGAAAGUUUCUAGCUUAUUUUUCUAAAUCAUAUUCAUUUUACUUAUUGACUUGAGAAAAAAAGGAAAAAUUUAAAAAAUUUCCUGGCUCCGGAACAGACGGCGCAGCAUUGCAGUAAAUUUACUUUACGGUUGGAAGUUUUUUUGAAUAAAAAAAUAAAAAAAUAAGAAAAAAAUUGAACUUUUUCAUUUUUGAAAAAUUAUCAAUUUUUGAGUUUUUCUUAAAGCUUGUUCAUGAAAAAAAUUGAUGAAUUUUAUGACAUAUUUUUUUAUUUUUGUUUCGCAUAAAUUUAUCAUCUACAAGAAAUUGAUUAGGUAAAGACUUUUAUAUUUUAGUACCAUGUCCAUUUUUGACAGUUUCCUGGCUUUGGAAAUGCUUUUUCGCACGAUUUUUCUGUCACUUUUUAGCUCAAUGAUCUAAUUUUUUCGUGCCAGGACCAUUUUGGACAGUUCCUGACUUUCUCAAAAUAUUUUCAUUUUUUAAAAAGUUCCUAACUUUUUCAAACUUUCUCCAUUUUUUCUUUAUUCUCAUGGAAAAAUUCAAGAUUUUUUAGGACUUUUAUUUCUUUCGUGUCAAGACCAUUUUUUGACGGUUCAUAACUUUUUCGAAGGUGUGAAAACUUUGCCCUUUUUACCCCAUUUUUUGGAAAAAAAAAAUCAAAAUUUUCCGUUCCAUGAAUUUCCAAACAAAACGGCAUCCCCCGCCAAAGGCUAGGAUCGGUUCAUUAAGAAAGCGGAUCGCGUGCACCGGAAUGACAGUUGCAAACAAUGGCGUGGGGGGACGGCCGGCGGUUGCCAAUUUGUGGCAAGGCUCAUACAAAUCGGCGCGCCUUUUUGCGGCCGAGCAGAGCGACAAUUGAGCAUGCACACGUGUGCUCAUUAGCACAUGCGCGACAUUUUAUCUCCUAUUUGAGGCAGCCUUUCCACCGUAACUGGUGCGAAGAGUUCGAAAAGAUCGUGGCGGCAAGUUGGAAAGGAGCCAAAACUGGGGGCUCGUGUUUUGUUGAGAAUUGCGCCACCGUUCCCGAAAAACCCAACGAGUGCCCGUAAACGGUUGCGUGUGUGUCGGCCCGUUUUUUGAGCCUCACCUUAUAGGUUAUGUUUUGGUGGCGUCAUUAAGCAAUUACGAGGAAAAAGGUGGACCACUGACAAAAAAAAAAAGAGGUUCAAAGUUAGACAUUAUCAAGCUUCUCUAACGUUUUCAAAAACUCCCUGAGCUCUUUGGUUUUUCUAAUGUUUUGAAUUCUCGUUGUCUCAUUCUAGCUAAGGAACUAUUGGAAUAAACUAUAGUAAUAAUAACGAAUUAAGGACCAAAUCUUCGAAAUAGAGCUAUGAAAACCCUUUGAAUAUUACUGAGCCAUUCUCAACAAACGUUGAUUCAAAAUCAAGUCGCAAAAAUCGCCAGAAAGGUAUUUGAAAAAAGAAAAUUACAGAUGGUUGAAAAUGGAAAAAACACUCUCUAGUAUAAACUGCUCUGUGGCUAAGAAAAUCAAAUAACAUUCGAUAAAAUGGUUUUCUAGGCUUUUCUAUGAUUUUUCAAAGCUUCAGAACUUUUGAAACCUGAAAGUUGGCCAAUAAAUACUAAAUAAUCUAUCGUAAAAGAUUUCCAGAGAUUCAUUUUUGAAAUUUUAAUCAAAACAAUCGUGAUGAAAUCCCCCUCUCUCCCAAAACUUCCUAGCUCAGUUUGUUUGGCAAAACCGGCGAGAUCACAUCCGGAUCACAUUCUAAUGACUCGAGUCGAAACCAGUGAUUAAGUCAGGCCGCUUCUUCUCAUUAACCACAUUAACGUGUGACGACCGGCGCCGGUUAAUCCGGCCGUCGGCUUUUUCUGUUGCUGUCCGACUCAUAAACACACACUCGUCAUGGGAGAGACCGAUUUCGGUGCGCCUUUUCGACCGUCGCUAUCAGGACGAGUUCAUCUCCAGGUGCGAGACCCCCAUGAGAAAACGCCUUGUCAAUCAUUUCCUCCCCAAAGGUUCGAGAUAACGAUCAGCGGCUUCUUCUUCUCUUGCCAAGGUUUCCGAAAGGAGAUUACCUUCUCGAUGGGAACAAGUUGUCACAAGGAGGUCGUUUUACAUCCAGAUCUGAAAAUUUGCUCGAAUAAUCUUGAAUUGACUAAAAGAACUCGGGCAAAGUUGGAAGGGAGGUAAAUGACCGCAAAACGGCCACAGAAAGGCUGCAAAAAGGCGGCAGAACGGCUGCAAAAAGAGUCCCUUUAUUGAGCUUUUCAUUUUUUCUGAGAUUUUAGAGGCUUUGUAAAAAGGGAGAGGCUCAAAAAAGGCUGCAAAAAGGCCGCAGAAAGGCUGCAAAAGACCGUAGAAAAGCAGCAAAAAGGCUGCAGAAAGGCCGCAAAAAGGCCCCAAAAAUAGUCUCUUUAUCGAGCCUCCCCUUUUUUCUGGGACUUUAGAGGCUUAAGAAAUGGUGGAAAAAGGGAGAGGCUCAAAAAGGCCGCAAUAAGGCCGUAGAAUGGCUGCAAAAAGACAGUAAAAAGGAACCUUUCUCCCCCUAAAAGGAACAUUUCUAUAGGGUCUUUUUUCCAUCCUUAUGCACGUUUUUCAGAAAUACGGUUUUUUCGACUUUUCCAAAUUCAAUACAUAAAACUUUGGUCCGAAAUUACCUGCUGUUUUGAAAUACGAACCCAAAUUGCAGGUCUCUCAGGCCAGUUUACGCAAACUGUCAGCGAUUUGUAUAAACGUCGGACCCUACUCAAGAUAAAUUACCUAUUCUGCCCCGUUUUGAGGUCAUUUUUCAACAAACUUUGCCCUUUUCAGGGUUGGAACUUUUUCGUGAAGCCUUCUUCGAGCUAUAGGAAGCUCGAAAAGUUCUGAUUCUGAUCAAAGCUUCUACUCUGGGGGGCUUUAAAUUAGGGAUUAAAUAAUUAACUAAGGUCUGAAGUUAUUUAUUUUAAAUCUGAAGCUAAUUCCCAUCAGCGAGACUCUUCAAAGGAGACUCUUCAAAGGGAUAGAAGGGGAAAAAUACAUUUGAAAAUUUCUUCGUCUCGAGACCUUUUUUUGAAUUUGUUCAUGCUCCUUUAACAAAAAUUUUUGAGCGUUGAACCAACAAUAUUCAAUUAUGGAAUUCUCCAGAUCCUUUAAAACGCUAGAAGGUCACAAAUUACGCCUAGAACAUUUCUUCGUCUCGAGACCUUUUUCAAACUCUUCCAUGCUCCUUUAACCAAAAAAUUUGGCUGUCAAUCAAAAUCAUUGAUUCAUAAGAUCUUCCAGACCCUUUAAAAUGUUAGAAGAUCACAAAUUACAUUAAAAAUAUUUAUUUUUCUCAAGACCUUUUUUUCAAACUUUUCCAUGCUCCUUUAACCAAAACGUUCAGCUGUGAACCAACUUUAUUAAGCCUUAGAAGUUUCCAGACCUUUCAGAGAAAAAAAAUAUGAUAGUUCUUAGCUUCAAGACAUUUUUCAAACUUUUCUAUGCUCCUUCAACCAAAAUAAUAGUCUUGAAUCAACUAUAUUGAGUCAUAGGAUCUUCCAGACGCUUUGCUGAUCCAAUAAUCAUCCGGAAAGCGGACCAAUUAGCCGCCGGAGCCAAUAUGUCCUCAGGUAAAAAGGCUGCAAUUGUGUCGGCGACGGCUCGAGCCGCGGUUACAUCAACAGCCACCUGGCUGCCAGCUGCGGUGUUUGGGUUAGCGGUUCCGCCCGUGCCAAAAGGAGCUCUCCUCCUCGUUCUCAUAUUUUAUGUCGACGCGAAUCUCCCCUUCUUUUGUUGCCGCGGCUGGGCAUACACGACAAGCGCGCGCGCCUUUGCUGCGUGCCGAUGACGUCCGGUGUUGAGAGCAGCAUGUCUUCUUGAAGAUUGAGCGGUCUGGAGGAGCAAGUCUUCAUCUGGAGUCUUAUUUUUGGUAGGUUUAGAAGAGCUGAGGGCAGCAGUGGUCAGUCUUCUUGUACAAAAGGUCUUUGAAAGGUCUGGAGGUGUAAGUUUUUGUUGGAAGUCUUUUUUUUUGGAGGGUGUAGAUGAACUAAAGUGAGAGGAUUCGAAACUCGAAAAUUGAAAGAUCUGGAGGAGCAAGUCUCCACUGGAGCCUUCUUUUUGGUAGGUCUAGAAGAACUGAGCUCAGAAGAAACAGGUCUUCUUGAAGAUCGAGAAGUCUGGAGGAGCAAAUCUGGAGUCUUCUUUUUGGUAUGUCUAGUACAGCUCAGAUCUGGGGAAGCAUGCCUUCAAUGGAAGACUUAUUUUUGUGAGGUUUAGAAGAACUGAGGGCAGCAGUGGACAGUCUUCUUGUAGGUUAAGAGGUCUGGAGGUGUAAGUCUUUGCUGGAAUUCUUCUUUUUGGGAGGUCCAGAAGAGCUGAGGUCAGAAGAAACAAGUCUUCUUGAAGAUCGAGAAGUCUGGAGGAGCAAGUCAUCAGUUGGAGUCUCCUCUUCAGAAGGUCUAGAAGAACUACGGUCAGACUUGGUCCCUCUUCUUGAGGAUCGAGAGAUCUGAAGGUACGAGUCUGGAGAAGCAAGUUUGUUGGAAGUAUUCUUCUGAGAAGGUCAAGAAGAGCUGAGGUCAGAAUAACAAAGUCUUCUUAAAGAUUUUGAGGUCUGGAGGAGCAAGUCUUCGGCUGAAGUCAGAAGAGCAGCUUCUUGAACUCUGUCAGUUCUAAGAUUUUCUUUUCAGAGUUUGAUUUGAAUAUUGUGAAGCCCGAACUGCUUGGUAAGCCUCACGAAGUCAUCCAAGAGUUCCUAGAAGGUUAUUUCUGUUUAUUAGAAAGUUCCUUUUCCCAGGAGCUUCCUUUUUCGAUAUUCCUGAGUAUGGCUACUCUUGAAGUUUUCUUUGGUGACUCCAGAUAUUGCCUCCUUUUUUUGAAUUAAUUCCCGACGUUUGCCUUUUUUCUUAAUAUUCCAAAGCCUUCUAGAAACUCCAAGGUUUACGGUAGUGCUGUUUCACACGCGGAACUCGUCCGACCAGCGGGUGGUCAUGGGAAAACGACCAACCGUUUGACUGCACACCUUGAUCGUCUUCGAGUAAUUUCCUUCUUUUGAAGGUUUUCCCUAACUUGGGAAUUUUUGAUUGAAAUAUUCAAUGGGAAACGCCCUUGAGAAGCAAGAAAAUUGGACUUCGAUAUAAAAUUUCUACUGAUAUGAGUCAUUCUAGGUCAUUUUUGGCUCACAAAAAGUCCGAGAAUUAAAUUGAAAACCAUCAAAUUGUCCUUUCUUGAUGUUUCAAAGUCAGUUUUUUUUUUCAAUUUUCGUUAUUUGCGUUGAAAUAUAACAUCUUCCGUUUCCUGACAGGCAUAUUAACCGGAUAAUUAUCUCAAAAGAUGGUCCGCAUCUCAAAAUUGCGUUAGGAAUGCAGAGCAAUUUUCCAAGGUACCUUAGAUAUGCGUCUUGAAUGACAGUUCAAAGAGCUCCUGCCGACAUAAUUUUCAAGAUCUUCCCUUUCCCCUCGGCUCCCACACCCUCAACGAUUUUAUUGGCCAUAACGAAUCGAUACUUUUUCCAUUCAAAACCGAAGUUGUUCAGGGAAUCCGACCGCAAACUGGUUGCCGACGAGAGAAGACUUUGAGUGA